AUGGAUGACCCCAGCAGCAUCAGCAGAGACCUUUGCUACCUGCAGAUGGCCUGUGUGGCCCUCAGCCUGGUGGCUGGCAGCAUCAUCAUCAUCGUCUCCGUGUCCAAGGCUGCAGCCGCUGUGGGUGGCAUCUUCAUUGGUGCCGCUGGGCUGGGGAUCUUCAUGUUGGCCUACCCCUUUCUGAAGACUCGGCUCAACCUGGACCACAUCCUAUCUGCCAUAGGGAACCUAAGAAUCCAUCCCCAUCCAGGGCCAGACCACGGGGAAGGAAGAUCCAGUAUCAAUGGCAGUAAGGACGGAACCCGCAGCAGCCUGUCCACUGUGAGCAGGACCCUGGAGAAGCUGAAGACAGGGGCCCGGGGGGCUGAGGAGUCCUGA